UUCCUAUCUUCGCCACGCCUCCUAUUCUUCGCCGCCGCCUCCUCCUCCUUCCCCACAACACUAAAACACGGUCACUGCGCCUCCUCCUCAUCCUCUUCUCCGCCUCCACCUCUUCUCCGCCGCCACCUCUUCGCCGGCUCCUCUUCUUCGCCGUCGCCUUCUCCUCGAGCUAAUCACUGCACUUCCUCCUCGAGCCAACUCCUCGGCUCCUCCUCUUCGCCGCCUGUUCCUCUUCAUCGCCAGCCCUCCCCUUCUCUUUUUCAAGAUUUUGCUCAUUGUUAUGUACUUUGCUGGAGUUAAAUUUUCAAAGCAACGGAACUUGUAGGGUUGUUUUAUUAAAUGUUUGAUUUGCACGUAUGCUUGCAAGUUAGUGGAGAUCUCCUCCGCGCAAAAUUAUUGCAAAAGUUACAAUCGUAGUUGUAUUUGUAAAGGAUAGUUACAGUUGCAAUUUCCUUAUUUCCCUUUAAUGUUUGCUCAGCAUUGAGAAACUAUGUAAAUGUAUCUCAUUUGUCUGUGGAGAAAGCAGAGAAUCAAGUUAUUGUUGUCUUUUUAUUUCCCCUCAUAUUUACACACUAAAUGUAUGUAUUUUUUUUUUAAAAACCUCCAAAUCAUAGUAAUUGUAAUUACCUUCAAUUUUAUCCCUCAUUCUGAAUUGACGAAAAUAAAAUUGAAAUAUUCUGUUAAAAUGACCAAAAUAUUCUUACUUAAACUAAUUCAAUUCAAUUCAAUUAAUAUUAUUCAUGGUUUGAAAUAGUUGAAUUCCAAUGCUAUUAAGACAAGAGAAGAGAAUGAGAAAAAUAAUCUUUUUAAAAUAAUAUUUAUUUUUUUAUACAAAUAUUGUAGUGAGGUGUAAAUUGAGAAUGAUUUGCAAUUUGAAGUGUAGAAAGCAAUUAUGAGGAAUUGAUGAUGUAAAAGAUUUAUUUUAAAAUAAGCUAUGAUUUAGGGAAAUGGUUGCGGAAAAAACAUCAAAACAACAUGGGUUAUUCAGAUAUUAGCCCCUCACAUCUUUCAAUAAUUUCAUAAUGCUAAGGGGUCUUGAAAUUUAGUCCCUCAAGGACAAACAUACCCCUUACUUAUGAUUUUUCUCUUAAAAUACAUCUUGUUAGAAAAGGUUAUUUACACUUUGAUACUUUAAAGUUUUACAUCUUUCUAACUUUUAGUACCCUGAAGUUUUUCUAACACUUUGCUACUUCAAAGACUUUUUUUCUAGCACUUUUGUUAUGGUGAAGUUUACAAUCUUUUCUUUUACUUGGACACAUAAAUGUUUUCUUCUGACACUUCUGUUAUGAUGAAGUUUAUACCUUUCUAAGUUUGAUAUCCCUUAAAGUUUUGUUUUUGAUAUUUUAAUCCCCAAACUUUAGGGUAUCUAAGUAAAAAAGUGUAAACUUUAAGGUAUCGAAGUAAAAAAUGUAGAAUCUUUGGGGAUGAAAGAAAAAAAAUUGUAAAACUUAGGGGCGUCAAAAGUGUAAAAAAAAAAACAUUGGGGGUAUCUAAGUUGAAAAAGGUGCAGACUUUAGAAUGUCAAAUUGUACAUAAUCCUUAAAUAAACAAUAGAUGAGGGUUUGUUGGUCACUGAAGGACCAAAUUGCAAGACCCCUAGGAUUUGAGGGACUAGCAAGCACUCUCAUAGAUUUGAGGGACUAGUAUGGAAUUAUUAAAGACUUGAGAGACCAAUAUCUAUAUAACCAAAAGAAAAUUGGGAUUGCGAUAAUGGUCCCCUAAUCUUCAAUAUCUUGUAGUUAUUCCCUCAAAUCGUUGAAACUGCUAUUAGGGAUCUGUUUGGAAGGACUGACAUACUUUAGGGACCUAUUAGCAAUUUUAAUGAUUUGAGGAACUAAUUUAAAAUAUUGAAGUUUAAGGGAACAAAAUUUCCUCACCCGCUCCCACGUCUCCUCUGUCUUUUACCGUCUCUCUUCAAACUCAAACACAAACCCUAAAAGACCCUAAACCCCAACUUAAAACCAAAAGAAUCCAAACCCUAAAUCCAAUUGAAAUCCAAAACCCACCAUCUUCUUCUCCUCUCUUCAGCUUGACGCCCUCUCUACCUUUGAUACAGCAAACCCUAGCAAAAAUCCCAAUUACAAUCGAAAAAUUCUCUCUCUGAACUCAAGGUAUAAUGUUUUAUCUAAGCAAGAUUGAGCAUACAAUUCCUCUGCCUCCGCAUUUGCUGAGCCGUCCUCUUGUCGGUGCAAUCAAGGAGCAACUUGAGAAGUUGUUUUUGGACAAGGUGGCUUCGUAUAUCCGGGGCAUGGCUGUCCUACAUAUAAGGUUAUAUUUAGAUCAGUUAUGUUCAGACCAUUUGUUGGGGAGAUUCUUACAGGAAAGAUUGAGGAAUCUGGCGCUAAUGGUUUGCGUUCAUCCGUGCCAGCUGGGACCAGAUGACAUAUGGACAUGGACAUACGACUCCUCAGAACUCCCAUUGGAUCUUGAAGAGAAGAUAAGGUUUCGAAUAAAAAGUAUUAAAUACCCGCCUCUCCCGAUUGAACAGGAUGCUGAUGCAAAGCCUUUCGCUCCGAUGGAGAUUACUGCGGAAAUCUGUGCAGAUGGAUUAGGCCUGGUUUCUUGGUGGGAAGAAUAGUUGAACAUAAUUGAGCUAUAAUUGAACAAACAAGUGAAGAUAAAAGAGAGUUAUGUGUUCAUGUAACUGGAUCACGUGCAUUUUACUUGUAUGUUUGUCAAAUUUAUAAGUCCAAAGGACUCCGUUUCUUUUGCUACUUUCAGUUACUAGGUGUGAAUUAUAUGUGUUUUUAUUUGUACUUUUCUAUAAAACUUGAACUUUUGGCUUUAAACAA